AUGGUUCCAGGUACCAGUGCUCAUCCUGGUACAAGGAGUGGCAUCGCAACUCCCGGGGUUUUGUCAGCUCCUAUCAGAGUAACUGACCGGCCCGUCACCCAGCAGGGUCUCAGUGGAAUGAAGACUGGCAUGAAAGGGCCUCAGAGACAGAUCCUGGAUAAGUCCUACUACCUGGGUCUUCUUAGGAGUAAAAUCAAUGAGUUGACUACAGAGACCAGUAAACUACACAAAGAGAUUGAAAACUACAAUCAAGAGAACUCGGUCUAUCUCUCCUAUGAAAAGAGAGCCGAGAGCCUCGCUACAGAGAUUAAGGAUCUGCAAGGCCAGCUUGCUGACUACAACAUGCUGGUGGACAAGCUCAACACCAACACGGAGAUGGAGGAAAUGAUUAAUGACUACAGCAUGUUGAAAGCACAGAAUGACAACGAAGCUCAAAGUAUUGACAGCAUCUUCACUGAGAGACAAGAGAGGGAGGAGGCAAUCAGGGCCAUUGAAGAGGAGAUAAGGAGAGAAAGGUGGGCUGCUGAGGAAGUCAUCCAGGCAAUGCCAGCUGCAGAGCAGGAGAAGUAUUUUUCUAUGACAUCGGUCAAUGAAGAACUGCUUCAGGGGCUAGCUGUCCUUCAGGAAGAGCUGGACAUUCUAGUAACCAAGAAGAAAGACUAUGAAGCAGAGCUGUCCCACUCACAGAUAAAACAGGAAGUGGUUCGUCUUCAUGACAAUCUGUCAGAACUGGAGGCAAAGCGUGAUGCCCUGGAGGCAGAGCACAAGAGCGUGGAUUCCCCAAAGGAAGAGAGAGAGAAGCUGUUUAAGCAGGUCAAGGAGGACAACCAGGAAAUAGCCAGCAUGGAGAGACAGCUCACUGAGAUCAUGGAGAGGAAAAGACAAAUCGCAGAGCAGGUCCGACUCCUGGAACAGGAUUCUGAGGCAGCCCAGGAACAUGCUGCGGCUGCAUCAAAUGGAUACAGUGACUGCCAGCGAGCUGAGGAACAUGCAGGAAGUGCUGCUCAGCAAAGAGACAGAGGUGGUCCAAUCAGAAAGCACCAGCAAAGGACUAACAACAGAGUCACUGCGUCUGCAGCAGGACCUGGAGAAGGUGCAGCAGCUGGAGGGAAAGAUAACAUGUGAGCUCACCACCCUGAAGGAGCAGAUCAGCACCAUGGAGUCAGAUCUGCUCACCUACAGAGACCUGGACACCCUGAGGCACUCCGCUGAGGACAAGAAGAAGAAACUGACGGGGGGCCGAACGUCACUGACUCAGCAAAGAGAUUCAUUCAAGCAGCUACUGGAGGAGAAGAACCAGAAAUAUGAAGCUCUGAAGACCAAACUGGAGGAAAACGAGACUUACGCUCAGCUGGCAAACCUGGAGAGGAAAUGGCAGCACUUGGAGCAGAACAUCUUUGUGAUGAGAGAAUUCAUCUCUUCCAAGACUCAGGAGAGCAACUAUGCCUCAGUUGCCAAGAAAGUCUACCAACAAGUUGCCGAGUACAACAAGACCCUCAUCGAGUCAGUUCAGAACAACAGGAGUUAGACACACAC